AAAUAAAAGGUUGGGAGGGAUAUAGGAGAAGGGAGAGUUGAUGAUAAGGAAGUGGGUUAGAGAAAGGUAUCACCGUGUACUUUCCCAUUCAUUCUCAAGCACGCCUAGUUUUAACUGAUGGAUAGAGUUUGGCAGGUAACAUCUAUAGUACUGCAUCACGAACUUGAUCUCCUGUGCUUAGGCAUCUGCAAACCACCCCUGGGUACCAUCUUCCUUGCGUUGCUGGCUGCACAUCCACAGUGCUGUAACAGAUUGUUGCUGGUCUAAACAACACUUGGAUAAGCAUCUCUGUUCCCCAAACCUCCUUCUGGAUUGUUUCCAUUGGAUAUCUUUCCUGAAGGGAGAUUUUCUGACUUUAAGGGAACUGAUGUUUUAAUCCCUUUUUUUUAAGUAUGUUUUUUAAGUUUUUAAUGUUUAUUUUUGAGAGAGAGUGACAGAGAGAGAGAGAAUGUGAGCAGGGGAGGGGCAGACAGAGAGGAAGACAGAAUUUGAAGCAGGUUCCAGGCUCUGAGCUGUCAGCACAGAGCCUGACGUGGGGCUCAAACUCAGACUGUGAGAUCGUGACCUGAGCUGAAGUCAGACGCUUAACCGACUGAGCCACCCAGGCACCCCUGUUUUAAUGUUUACAAGAUUUAAAACAUACCUUUACGGUAAUUUUCUUCACGAUUUUCUAUAGGCUAUAUUGUACAUGUUUUUUUCUCUUUCUUUAUUGUUAUUUUUUCAUCAUGAAGAGUGUACUCUUUAACCCACAUACCCUAUUUCACCCAUCCCCCUCCCCAGAUUGUACAGGGUUUUUUAAAAAGAGCAAAUGUACACAAGCAUAUACAAUACAAAGUCUGUCCUCCUGACCCCAUACUCUCUUCCAGUUUUCCAUGAGGACAGUUGUUAGUUCCUGAAUAUCCUUCCAAAAAUAGUCUAUGGAGAUAUCAUAUAUAUCCAAUUUCAGAAAAAUUGAUACAUACUGUUACAUUCUAUUCAGGAAAUUGCUUUCAAUUUUUAUUUUUAAAUUUGAGAUUAUGAAGUACACCAAAGAAGCAUAGAAAAUGACACCACCACACCUCCAGUAGGCCAACACAAAGGUUUAACAAAUAUUAACGUUUUGCACUGGCAUCUUGUUUAGGGCUGUCUUGCAGGUGGCCCUAUGUCAGUGCAGCCCCAUGCAGAAGAGUCCAGUUAUUGGUUAUUGCACACAUCAUUCUUUUCGGCCUGUGCCCAGCUCUGGGAUAGAGUAUUACUGACUUUUAUUCUUAAAUAAUCGAUGUGGAGGCAAUACCCUACUUUGUAUAAUGUCUGCCCCAGUAUUAUUAGGCAAAGGAGAACGAAGCUCGGUUUUGGUUUUAAUUCAAAUAUCUGUUCAGCCACACUUCCUAGCUGUGUGACCUGGGGUGAGUGACGCCCCCCCCCCCCCCCCCCCCCCCCGCCUUGAUUCUCUUUACCCAUCUGUAAAAUGUCGUGGUCAUCCCUCCGUCUCAUCGCUGCUGGGAGAAGUACAGUGGGAAACUGAAGACACCACUGGGCUUAAUUCCCCAAUACCGUUAAAGCCCUCCGCUGGGGAGACUAAGCUCUCAUAGCCACGCGCUGAAAGCACCCAGAGCUCUCGACAACUGCGGCUCAAGCUUCAAACUGUUCCCCGCCCCUUUCCCGGGCCACGCUGGGGGUGGGGCGGUUAAAUGUCUCUGUGACGUCAGCGCAAGCAGGACCAAUCACCCUGCCUCACAGGCGUUAGUUCGUUUGCCUGGGUUGCCCGCUAUUGGUCCAUUGGGCAAUCCAGGCCCUCCCAGCAUUUUAAAGCUGCCGCGUAGUAUAAACAAGGAGAUGUAGGGCGGCCAGGCCAUGAUGUCAUCGCGGCGCGGUAGCUCUUGGGGCUGACGUCAUCUCCGGGGAGGUUGCCGACCCAAGGCUGUUAGAGCCUUCCUAACCCACUCGGGCUGGCUUAAGAGGCCGCUCCUGCCCCGUCGAAGGUCAGUCCCAUUGCACUUCAGUGUCUCACGCGGCGCCCUGUCCCGGAAGAGAAGACCAUGACACAGGUUGUGAGCCCUGGCCCAGCCCCUCUAGCCCUGUGCCACCCCUGAUGCGACCAUGGGCUCUGGCAGUGACUAGGUGGCCACCCUCUGCCCCUGUGGGUCAGCAGCAAUUCUCUGUAGGACCCAGCAGUACCCCGGGCCAGCUCCGGGGAAGUCCUACUGGGGCCUCCUCUCUGUGGUGCAGCCCCAGCCGCGAGGGCCCCCUGGCCAGCCUGCCUGCCCAGGAUGAGCACUUACCCUCCCAGCAGCCACCGUCCCGACCACACCUCCCUGUAGAGGAGCACCGAGCCUCGGCUCCUGCCGGCAGGAGCCCCCGAAUGCUGCACCCAGCCUCUCAACAGAGCCCGUUCAUGGUUGAUCUCCACGAGCAGGUGCACCAGGGACCUGUCCCUCUGUCCUACACAGUCACCACAGUGACAACCCAAGGCUUCCCCUUGCCUACAGGCCAACACAUCCCUGGCUGCAGUGCCCAGCAGCUCCCAGCAUGCUCCGUGAUGUUCAGCGGGCAGCACUACCCCCUCUGCUGCCUCCCACCCCCGCUGAUCCAGGCGUGUACCAUGCAGCAGCUCCCUGUGCCCUAUCAGGCCUACCCCCACCUCAUCUCCAGUGAUCACUACAUCCUGCACCCCCCACCGCCAGCCCCACACCCCCAGCCUGCCCACAUGGCACCUCUUGGGCAGUUUGUAUCGCUGCAGGCCCAGCAUCCACGUAUGCCCCUGCAGCGGCUUGACAAUGAUGUGGACCUGCGGGGGGACCAGCAUCCCCUGGGGAGCUUCACCUACUCCACCUCUGCCCCAGGCCCAGCCCUGUCCCCGUCUAUGCCCCUGCACUACCUGCCCCAUGAUCCACUGCACCAGGAGCUGUCCUUUGGUGUGCCAUAUUCCCACAUGAUGCCUCGGAGACUGAGCACCCAGAGAUACCGCCUGCAACAGCCGCUGCCCCCGCCACCCCCACCGCCACCCCCGCCACCGUAUUACCCCAGCUUCCUGCCCUACUUCCUCUCGAUGCUGCCAAUGUCACCAACAGCAAUGGGGCCCACCAUCAGCCUGGAUCUCGACGUGGAUGAUGUGGAGAUGGAGAACUAUGAGGCCCUCCUGAAUCUGGCAGAGCGGCUAGGAGAUGCGAAGCCCCGAGGCCUCACCAAAGCGGACAUCGAGCAGCUCCCAUCGUACCGCUUUAACCCAGACAGCCAUCAGUCAGAGCAGACACUAUGUGUUGUCUGCUUCAGUGACUUCGAGGCACGGCAGCUGCUCCGAGUCCUCCCCUGCAACCACGAGUUCCACACCAAGUGUGUCGAUAAGUGGUUAAAGCGGCCCUGGCUCCCUGCGUCCCCUCAGCCUGCCAUGGGGCCCCAUCAGCCUGGCCCCACCCCCGUGGAGAACCCAAAGUCUUACUGUAUAUAACUCCAGGUGACGUUUCUAUAUUUAUAGCAGUGUUGAAACCCCACGUGUUUUACACAGAGAACCACCCUCUCCAAACCCCCCCCUCCCUUUCCCACCCCAACAAAAGGUUUUCAGAAUCCUUAAGGUUCCUGGGGCAGGCGGAAACAGGCUCUCGGAUUGUGUGUCGGCUGCAGCAAUGAUUCCAACGAGCAGCUAUGGGGGGGGGAACACAACAUUAAAAAAAAAAAAAAUCAUUAAAAAAAGAUUUAUAAACAAUUAUUUAGGAUGUUUGUGAUUUGCCGACCUUGCUAUAGAUGCCAUGUUACCAAUGAUUUCCUGUGGUGGGGGCUUG